AUGGGCUCUACUGAUGCCACAGCUAAGUUCAUUGAACAGUUGGGUAAACGUUUUCAAAUCAAUGUAGAAAAAGUUGAGUACUUCUUGGGUUUACAAAUCAAGAGGUUUGACAACUGUAUUCAAAUAAAUCAAUCUGCAUAUGUGAAGAGGAUUUUGGAGAAAUACAAUAUGAUGGAUGCGAAACCAUUGCCUUUACCCAUUAAACCAGGAUGGACACCAGGUGAGUCACCUCCUUUUAAUAAUACUGAACAGUAUCGAGAAAUGGUUGGAAGUUUGAUGUAUUUAACACAAGGCGCAAGACCAGAUUUAUCAUAUGCUGUUAAUGUUGCCUCAAGAGUUCAAGACUCACCAACACAGGCACACUAUGCAUUACUCGAACGAAUAUUUAGGUAUCUUAAAUCAACAAUUACAGAUGGCAUUAAGUUUACGAAGGAUAAAUACUGUAGCAUUGAAGCCCACAGUAAUGCUGACCAUAGUGGGACAGAGGCACACAAGUGGCGUCCUGCUCAAGUUCCAUGGGGGUCAGUUGUGUGGAAAAGUAAAUUACAGCAGUGUGUUGCUCUUUCUUCAUUGGCGGCAGAAUAUGUGACUGCAAGUGAAGCUUGCAAAUCACUUGUAUGGUUAGACAGACUUCUGAAAGAAAUUGGAGCUGUUGAUGAGUUAUCAGUUCCUGUUUCAAAUUGGUAA